AUGGCAUACAAAAUAGAUAAUGAAUACGACUAUCUCUUCAAGAUAGUUUUAAUUGGGGACUCUGGUGUUGGAAAAUCUAACAUUCUUUAUCGUUUUACACGAAAUGAAUUUUGUUUGGAGUCUAAAUCUACCAUUGGAGUUGAAUUUGCAACAAGAACAUUGCAGGUAGAGGGAAAGACAAUAAAGGCACAGAUAUGGGACACUGCUGGUCAAGAAAGGUACAGAGCAAUAACAAGUGCUUAUUAUAGAGGCGCUGUUGGUGCGUUACUGGUUUACGAUAUAACGAAGAGACAAACAUUUGAGAAUGUAUUAAGAUGGCUUCGCGAACUAAGGGAUCAUGCAGAUUCGAACAUUGUUAUUAUGCUGGCCGGAAACAAAUCUGAUUUAAAACAUUUAAGAGCAGUUUUAACUGAAGAUGCUGAAAGUUUAGCAGAAAAAGAGGGUUUGUCCUUUCUAGAAACUUCUGCAUUGGAAGCACUUAAUGUUGAGAAAGCAUUUCAAACCAUUUUGUUUGAUAUAUAUCAUGUUAUAAGAAAAAAAGCACUUGCAGCACAAGAAGCUACUCCUACUACUGGUGUUCCUCAUGGAAAAACUAUAAAUGUUUCAAAUAUAUCUGAAAAUAGUGGCAAUAAAACUUGUUGCUCCAGUUAA